UACUAGUCUAAAAAGCGUUUUUUUUUAAUACGAAAAUAUGUUCAAGCAACCAAAGUUUUAAGUUCUCAUAUCAGCAUAAGAGAAAUAAGAAAUCACACAAAAGAACUAUUUAAAUGGAAAGUGAAAGCCUUUCAGAACCACGCAUUUCGCAUCUAUUAACGGAAGCCUUAAGCCGACUUGUUGUUGUUGACAAUCUAACCAACACUCAGGAAUAUUACGUCAAAAAUGUCACGAGCGCGACGAUGCCUGCAGCAACUGCUGCCACAACAGUGCAUUCAGCUGCCUCUCUGCCGCAUUUGACGGAGAUCUUCUUCACAAUUCCACCAGAUGCGUCGUUGGAUAAUGUUACAUUAUUCCCACUGCUGGUGGACAGCAGGCAGCAAACAACAAUGUCAGAGAACAAUGACAGCCACAUACUUCAAUUGGCACACGCUCCCCAACUAUCUGCGUCGACGAUGAUAAAGGUUUAUGUGUUGGCUGUAAUGGCGGUGCUAUCGUUUUUUGGCAACCUGCUCACCAUGUGGAACAUCUAUAAAACGCGCAUUCGACGCAGAAGCUCACGACACACUUGGAGCGCUAUUUAUUCGCUAAUAUUCCAUUUAUCGAUUGCCGAUUUGUUGGUGACUGGCUUUUGCAUUGUUGGCGAAGCCGCCUGGUUUUACACGGUGCGAUGGCUGGCCGAUGAAUUGACAUGCAAAUUGGUUAAGCUCUUCCAAAUGUUUAGCCUGUAUUUGUCAACGUAUGUGCUGGUCCUGAUUGGUGUGGAUCGCUGGAUAGCCGUUAAAUAUCCAAUGAAAUCGUUAAAUAUGGCUAAAAGAUGCUAUCGGCUGCUGGGCGGUACAUACGUGCUAUCAUUCCUGCUAAGUCUGCCUCAGUUUUUCAUAUUUCAUGUGGCGCGAGGACCAUUCGUGGAGGAGUUUCAUCAAUGUGUGACGCAUGGCUUCUAUACGGCACAUUGGCAGGAGCAAUUGUAUACAACAUUUACGCUGGUCUUCACAUUUCUACUGCCGCUUUGUAUCCUCUUCGGCACCUAUGCGUCUACCUUUCGGACGAUUUCAAGCAGUGAAAAAAUGUUCCUCGGUCCAAAGCUGGUACCCAAUUCGAGCGUAAACUCUAUGCAGACAAAUCGCCAACGCAUAAUUCACAAGGCUAAAAUGAAGUCGCUACGAAUUUCGUUUGUAAUAAUCAUUGCAUUUCUCAUCUGUUGGACACCAUAUUAUGUUGUGAUGGUUACGCUGAUGUUUCUCAAUCCAGAUAAAAAGCUCAGCGAAGGAUUAGUUUCGGCCAUAUUUGUUUUUGGCAUGUCAAACAGCUUGGUGAAUCCGCUGAUUUACGGCGCCUUCCAUCUGCAUCCUAUGAAACGAAAAGCGAGUCAAAAAAGUGGAAAUGCCGCCUACAGCCUAAACAGGGCUGACUCACAGCGAAAUCCGUCCAUAUUGACUGCUGUUACACAAAUUGACUGCAACGUCGUGCGACAUACCCGCAUCAACCGCCAGCCCAGCUACUACCGAACGCACAGCAGCGGCAGUGCUUCCAAGGAGCAAGUCAGCUUGCUGCAAAUGACUCGUGACACCACCGCCAUUGUACAUAAAUUUAACUCGAGUUCCGAACGCAAUUCACCACUGCUCUCCUCACAACAACAAACACACUCGAUGAAUAUAACCUGCAAUGAAAUGGAAGAAAUUGACGCGAAUGCGGGUGAUGCGACAAAAGCAGAUGUCGUCGAUUCACACAGCAUACCGGUCGCAUACAGCUACAAAAACUUUAAGCCAGCUAAUUCAUGCGCGAGAAGUUCCGAAACCGUCACAAGUGCGGCCGGUAAUCGUAUGCUUUCACCAUCGCAAAGGACACCUGCGUCCGAGGGAAGCGAACCGUAUAGAUCUGUGUGUGCGGCGCAUAAUUCUAAGACUAAGAUGAAUACGGAUGAGUGUGUGUCUAGUGUAUAAGUGCCAUUUGCAUACGAAAUACUUUACGAGAAAAAAACGUUCCUUAUCUAGAUGUUGUACGUUGGCAUAGUACAUUGUAUGUGUUUGCAUGCAUGUAUAUUAGGGUGGUCCUUAAAUGUUGAGAAGCAAAUUUUUACAACAGAUUUCCUAA